AGAGAGAGAGAGAGAGAGAUAGAGAGAGACGCACCACUCCCUUUGAACUACACAACCAACGGUUCUAACUUCUAACCAGGUCAAGUAGGAAUAGUAAAAAAAAAUCUUAAAAGAACCGAAUUGGAGAGUGAAACAUACCAAACGAAAAGGGUGGGGGGAGAGAGAGAGAGAGAGAGAGAGAGGAGGAGGGGGUAAAAUAAAGUUGAGGCUUGGAGACUUGUUGAUUGAAUCAUUAGCUCUUUCUUGGUUGGUGCUUGUGCGUCUUGUGGUAGAAAGAACAGCAGCAGCAGACGCAGUGAUGAGGUCACAGAGAUCUUUAAUCUCAUUUCUGACCAAACACUGCCACACUUACCAGUGGCAUCAUCAAGGACUCCUCUUCUUAUAGGUCAAGAAAGGAAGAAAGAAUUUAUCUUUCCCCAGCUAGCUAUAGCCCGUCUUAUUACUGUUCCAUAGCACCAUAUCUACCCUUUCCCCUCUCUCUUCCCAUACAAAACGAUGAAACAACCGCAGGAGAUUUCCCAAGAAGACCCUUCUUGAGAAUUCGGGGGUGUGGCUUGUUCUGGGUCUUCUUUCUCCAGAGGGUGUUUUCCGUAUUACCCUUGUGUGGUGCUGCGUAGAGAAGGACAACCAUCAAAAGCCUAGCUAACUGCAGAUAGAGAGUCGAGGGAAGAGGUGAUGGGUUAGGCUACCCAUAGAGCAGGCAUAGGCUUUCAGGCUUGGUUUUCAGUUUUAGUUUAAGAGUUUUUAUUUUAUUUUGGAGGUGAUGUUGGGUUUGAUGGAAGUGGAAAUAUUGAAUGGCAGAGCCUUUUGGGAGAGGCAGCAGAAGCAGCAGCGUCAGGUAUCAGAGUGGUGGCAGCAGUUGCACAAGCAACAAGAAGAGACUAGGAAGCAGCAAAUUAGAGAGAGUGGUAAAGAGACAACCCCCACCCAUUAAAGAAAAGUGUUAUCCAAUAAAAGCUGGAACAGAUAAAGAACAAGGGUCUGAGACUGGAUCCUCGAAGGAAUCACCACCAUCACCACCAACUUCAAAACAUAGUUCUCAAUUCAAGACAUGUAGAAGGAGAAGAAGAACAAGAUCAUCAGUCACCCAAACAGCAUCAACAUCAUCAUCAACAACAAGUGCCACCCUUUCUUGGCCACCAUCAAUAUCUCCAAAACACAGAGUCCCAACAAGAUCAAAACCAACUCUUAUAUCAAAGAUUAGACACACAGCAACAGCAGCAGUCUCCUCCACAACCAUCCAAGAAAAGAUCUUACUUCCUAUCUUCUUCAUCUUCAACUCUUCAAGAGCAAGGCCUCGAAUAUGCAAGAAAAAUGGGAGAGAGCCACCACCAAGCAGCAACAUCGUCAAGAUUGGGGAUAAGAAACACAGUGGGAGAGAUUGUGGAGGUCCAAGGAGGCCACAUUGUUCGGUCCACAGGAAGAAAAGACCGCCACAGCAAGGUCUGUACUGCCAAAGGCCCCAGAGACCGCCGCGUCCGGCUCUCAGCGCACACUGCCAUCCAGUUCUACGAUGUGCAGGACCGCCUAGGCUACGACCGUCCCAGCAAAGCCGUCGAUUGGCUCAUCAAGAAAGCAAAGGCUUCCAUAGACGAGCUUGCAGAGCUACCCGCAUGGGAUCCAACCACAGCGGGAUUCACCCGCGCAACCAGUAAAACUACAACAAGAAGCACCCAGCAACAAAACAUAAGCGACGAGAGGGAGUAUCAGCUUUCCAUGGAAAAUGUUGCCGCUUCAAAAGCAGCAGCAAUUGAAGUUCAAAAUAUGCAACAGCAAAUGGCAGAAAAUCCCAACUGUAGUUCGGGUUUUCUGCCACCAUCUUUAGACUCAGAUGCUAUUGCUGACACAAUCAAAACUUUCUUUCCAAUGGGUGCUUCUACGGAGACAUCGUCUCCAAUUAUACAGUUUCAGAACUAUCCACCAGAUUUGCUGUCAAGAACCAGCAGCCAGAGCCAAGAUCUGAGGCUCUCGCUCCAAUCAUUUCAAGAACCAAUUCUUUUGCAACAUCAAGCACACCAUCAUGGCCAUCAAGCUCAAAAUGAAAAUCAAGUGUUCUCUGGAACCACUGCUCAUUAUCUCGGCCUAGAUGGCUCUUCUAGUGGGUGGUCUGAGCAGCACCACACACCAGAAAUCAACCGAUUCCAAAGAAAUUUGGUGGCUUGGAAUGCAGCUGGCGGCGGCGGCGGAGGUGGAGGAUUCUUCUUCAACACAUCACUACCACCGCUACAGACGAUGUCGCCAUCGCCACUUAUACAGCCGUUUUUCGGCCAAAACCAGUUUUUUUCACAGAGGGGACCCCUUCAGUCCAGUAACAUGCCUUCAGUUCGUGCUUGGAUAGACCCAGCAAUCACUCCUGAUCAUCAUGAACAACAAAUUCCACAAAUUUAUCAUCAGCAAACUGCAAUAUCAGGCAUUGGAUUCACUGCCUCAGGUGGUGAGUUCUAUGGGUUUAGAGUUCCAGCACGAAUUCAAGGCGAAGAUGAGGAGCACGACGGCAUUCACAACAAGCCGUCCUCUGCUUCCUCUGAUUCUCGCCAUUGAUCGAGCAAAAACGUCAAAAAUUUCACCUUUACCAGGACUUGAUCAUUGUUUAAGAGAGACUAAUACGGUGCUAAGAAGAUAUUUCAAAGACUGGCCUGGUGACUUGAAGAUGAAUCAAUGGCAAAUACCGUGGGAAGAGAGAGAGAUCUGAGUGGAUGUUUCAGGUUUUUCGAUCCCCGGUCUGUUUAGUUUCUAUCAGAUGUUUAUUAGUAUUACUUUCUAGCUGUUGUUUUAGCUUCCAUGUGUGGGAGGGCUUUGAUACCUCAGCUUUGCUUCGAACUUUUGUUGGAUUGGCUGUGUGUUUAUGUGGCUACACUUUUUGUAUGUCAUGGAUGCUUGGUUGUAUUUGAUUCCAUUUCUAGAAUUGCUGAUAGAAGCAGAACUACUUUGAUUUGAUGAA